CUCAUCGACGGCGCGCGACGUACACCGACGCAAAAAGCAGCUGCCGGCGGCUUUUAUCAGCCGAACGAGGAGGAGAGACCUGGACGUCGCGCGCUCUCGUCGGACCUCGAGCUUCUCCACGGCUCAGCGGACGGGAGCCCCAGGAAGGGCAGCGUCUUAUCUCCGUAGGUGCGGGACGCGCGAGCCCGACAGGCCAGAAACAUGUCCGUCAUGGGGAAGCCAAUUCUUUAUUCAUAUUGGAGAAGCUCCUGCUCGUGGAGAGUAAGAAUAGCUUUGAACCUCAAGGAGAUUCCAUAUGAAAUAAAACCUAUCAGUUUGGUGAAAGGCGGUGGUGAACAUCAUAGCAAUGAAUUCCGAGAGAUCAAUCCAAUGGAACAGGUUCCGGCACUCCAUAUUGACAAUCAUACAUUAAUUGAAUCUCUAAAUAUUUUACUGUACUUGGAAGAAACGAGACCACACCGUCCAUUAAUGCCAGCAGAUCCAGUGAAAAGAGCCAGAGUGAGGGAAAUUUGUGAAGUAAUCGCAGCUGGAAUCCAACCUCUACAAAAUCUCAUUGUACUGGUUUACGUUGGAGAGGAGCGUAAGAAAGAAUGGGCGCAACAUUGGAUAACUCGAGGCUUUACUGCUGUGGAAAAAUUGCUGUCGUCGAGCGCUGGUAAAUAUUGCGUCGGGGACGAGAUCACGCUUGCAGACUGCUGUCUGGUGCCACAAAUCUUUAACGCGAGAAGGUUUCACGUCGACCUAAGACCCUUUCCAACCAUCUUAAGAGUGGAUCGAAACUUAGAGAAUCAUCCGGCCUUCACUGCCGCUCAUCCUAACAAUCAGCCCGACUGUCCACCAGAGGCAACUAAAUAGCAAGCGAGGCAGACCACCCUCUUUCUUUUCUAGGCAUAGAAGAGAACGUGAGAGGCUGGUCGAACAUUUCGUGGCCCGUGAGCGACGUAAAGGUGGACGCAACUGACAAUAAGACUUGAUCGACUCGAAGCGAUAAUACAAUUAAAAAUUCAUCGAUACAUGCGCAUUCGUGCAAUAUAUAUAUAUAUAUAUAUAUAU